AUGAGGCGCGGCGGUCGGCGGGCUCCUUCCCGGAAACGGAAGCUUGGGGGGCGGGCCAAGGGGGGCCGGGAGCCCGCGGCGGUUAAUUUCUUUCACCGUGUGGCUUCACUUCCCUGGGUUUGGGCUUCUCUGAGGCUGCGAGAGAUGGUCAGGUCCGGACCUCGGCCGGGCCAGGUAUUGUCUUCAAGAAGACACACUGGACCCGUUAAAUUAACAAAUGGAAAAAAAGGGACCCAUUUAAGAAAAGUGUCACGUUUUAAUGCCGAUUCUGGCUAUCCAAUCCACUCUGAUUUGGAAAAUCAGAGUGAAACCGUACAGGGGCUUGAUGGUUGUGCUUCUUUACUGCGGGACAUUCUGAGAAAUGAAGAUUCAGGUUCAAACCCUAAUAAGAAACAGAUACCUAAUGAAGCUCCUGCUAGAAAUGAAAGAGACUCAUCAGACAUAGCACAAAAUCAGUCAUUGCAAGAUCAUUAUAGAAUGCACUCACCCAUGAUAUACCAAGCCCUCUGUGAGCACGUGCAGACUCAAAUGUCACUGAUGAAUGACUUGGCUUUAAAGACCAGCGUUAAUGGAAUUCCCGUUAUACCUUGCCAUACUGUUUCUCGUUCUGAAUCUCAGGCAACUCCACAUUCUAGUUAUGGCUUACCUACCUCCACCCCAGUCCUGUCACCUCAGCGGCCACCCUGCCUUCCAGUGGUUCAUUCUCAAGUUCAGACUGAUAGUGACAACCAGUUUGCAUCAGAAGGUAAAACAGUUUUGGUGAACUCUGCUGAUGUUCCAAGGAAUUCCUUCAAUAGCAGUCCCGGAGUUUCAUGCGGCCUGCCCAGAACUGAUAAAUCAGCUAUACCGGUGCAUCAGCCGCUGGGUCUUGCUAAUGGAAUUCUGCCACAACAAGCAAAUUCUAAGGAAGCAGACCUACUAAAAUAUUUCCAAGCAUAUAUGUCUCUGUUGCAUUCUCCUGGGAAAGAAGCUCAUCUGGACAGUCAGACACACAAAAGCCCCACUCGAUCACAGCCAGCUUUCUUGGCCACUAAUAAAGAAAAAUGCGCCAGGGAACACAUUGGAAAAACCACAAGUGAAGAUUUAAACAUACAUGUGCGAGAGGCGGGAACAACCAAGGAUGUGCAGAAGGCAAAAAAUGUGAACCAGACUACUGAAAAAAUUAGAACUAUAAAGUAUUUGUUGGGAGAGCUCAAGUCUCUGGUAGCGGAACAAGGAGAUUCAGAAAUUCAGAGGUUGGUUACGGAAGUGGAGACAUGCAUAUCUUUGCUUCCAGAAGUAAGUGGAAACACAAAUGUUCAAGUCGAAAUAGCACUGGCCAUGCAACCACUAAGAAGUGAAAAUGCUCAGUUACGCAGGCAAGUGAGAAUUUUGAACCAGCAACUUAGAGAACGAGAAAAUACUCAAAAGACAUCUAGUUCUCUGGAAGGCAACCUUCUUAAAUUGUUUUCUCUUCAGUCAUUGAACAUGUCACUACAAAAUCAAUUGCAAGAGUCACUGAAGAGUCAGGAGUUACUACAGAGUAAAAAUGAAGAGCUCUUAAAAGUGAUUGAAAACCAGAAAGACGAAAACAAAAAAUUUGCCAGUAUAUUCAAAGAGAAAGAUCAAACUAUCCUUGAAAAUAAACAGCAAUUCGACAUUGAGUCAACAAGGAUGAAAAUUGAAUUGGAGGAAGCCUUAGUCAAUAUGAAAAGCUCCCAGUUUAAAUUAGAAGCUUCUGAAAAGGAAAAUCAGAUCUUGGGAAUAACGUUACGUCAACGAGAUGCUGAGGUGACUCAACUGAGAGAAUUAACAAGAACUUUACAGAGCAGUAUGGCAAAGCUUCUCUCAGAUCUUAGUGUGGACAGUGCUUGCUGCAAGCCUGGGAAUAACCUUACCAAAUCACUUCUGAACAUUCAUGAAAAACAACUUCGGCAUGACCCGAUCCCUACUCACACUUCCAUAAUGAGCUACCUAAGUAAGUUAGAAACAGAACACAUUUUUACACAUUCAGAACCCCUUUCUACAGUUAAAAAUGAGGAAAAUAUGGUGCCAGAUAGACCCUAUGAAAAUGUUCUGCCCGCCAAAGUCUUGCAACAUAGUAACACUAAGAGUGUGGAGGAAGUAUCAGCCCCUGGAAUUAUUUCUGCCAUUUCUAAACAGGGUUUUGAAGAGAAGAGCGAAACUAAGACUUUGACAGAGGAUGAGUGUAAUUUGGAUGAUACAAUUUACAUUCCUUUUGUUAGAAGCACCCCUAAAAAGAAUUCACUGCUAUCUAAGAGAAUAUCCCCCCAGCCACAGAAAAAUGUAGCUACACCCCAGCCAAUCACCAACGGUGGGUUUGUCUCUGAAAAGGAAAAGAAACUAUGUGCACCUAUAGUUUGUUCCUCUUCAGAAAAGGAAGCAGAAGAUGCACCUGAAAAACUUCCCACAACAGCUGAUAUGGAAGACAGGCAGCUCCUCAAGGAAAUAAAGGAAGCAAUUGGUAAGAUCCCGGCCACCACUGAGGAGUCACAGGAACAGGUUGUAUGCCGUGGCCCCUCAGCUUGUCAAAGCAACAGCCUUGAAAUGAAAGGCAAUACUGUCUCUGAUGGUAGUUUUUUAAAUUCUGACCUGAUGUCUGACUGGAGUAUCUCUUCUUUAUCAACGUUUACGUCUCAUGAUGAACAAGACUUCAGGAAUGGCCUUGCAGCUUUGGAUGCUAACAUAGCCAGAAUCCAGAAAUCCUUAAGGACUGGUCUUCUGGAGAAGUGA